GUUUUACAGGAGGAAACCUCCAUACCAGGAAGUGACCUCAACCUGAUUUACCUGAGCUCCAGGGCCGCCGGAUACAAACCUGUCCUCAAAGUCACCAUGACACAGUCAUCCAUACCCUUCAACCUGAUGAAGGUUCACUUGAUGGUGGCGGUGGUGGGGCGUCUGUUCCAGAAAUGGUUCCCCGCCCAGCCCAAUCUGUCCUACACCUUCAUAUGGGACAAGACGGACGCCUACAGCCAGCGCGUCUACGGGCUGUCGGAAGCGGUGGUGUCGGUGGGGUUUGAGUACGAGUCCUGUCUUGAUCUCAUUCUGUGGGAGAAAAGGACGGCCAUUUUGCAGGGCUAUGAAAUGGACGCUUCUAAUAUGGGAGGAUGGACACUGGAUAAGCAUCAUAUCCUGGACAUACAGAACG